CACAGUGCACGUUGGACAUACAGUGUGUGAAGAUGGCAGUCUUACAGGGCAGUUACACCGUGACUGUACUUGGAAUUGGCGUCUUUGUUGUUUUUCUGAUGCACAUCACCUACAAGCUGCUGAGCGGUCACCUGCACAAAUGGUUCGCCAUGAAGCCAAUUCCAGAGCUUAAAGGAACAUAUCCCUUCAUUGGAAACGCACUCAUGUUCAAGACCAAUGCAGGAGAUUUCUUUGGUCAGAUUGCAGACUUUACCCGUGAAUUCUGUAAUGCACCACUUUUUAAAAUCUGGGUUGGACCAGUUCCGAUGGUGAUGCUGUAUCAUGCUGAGACAGUUGAGACAGUUCUGAACAACCCAUCUCACAUGGACAAAGCCUUUGCAUACGACUUCCUUCAUCCAUGGCUUGGAACUGGUCUGUUGACGAGCACUGGGCGUAAGUGGCGCCAGCGGCGAAAGAUGCUGACCCCUACGUUCCACUUCUCCAUCCUGACAGAGUUUUUGGAAGUGAUGUGUGAACAGGCCGAGAUCCUGGUGGAGAAGUUAGAGAGGCUGGCAGGGAAUGGUCCAUUCAACUGCUGCAGCCACAUCACUCUGUGUGCCCUGGAUAUCAUCUGUGAGACAGCCAUGGGGAAAAAAGUCUAUGCCCAGAGUAAUUCUGAUUCCCAGUAUGUACAGAGUGUAUACAAAAUGAGUGACAUUGUCAGUCGCAGACAGCGGACACCUUGGUUUUGGCCUGAUUUUAUUUAUGACUGGUUUGGUGAGGGCCGGGAUCAUGACAAGACACUCAAGAUCCUCCAUUCCUUCACCAAGAGAGUGAUACAAGAAAGAGCAGAAAAUAUGCCAUAUAUGGAGUCAGACAGCGAAUCUGACCAAGGGACACGGAAAAGACGGGCGUUCCUGGACAUGCUCCUGCAAACCACAGAUGAGAACGGCAACAACCUGAGCCAUCAGGACAUCCAGGAAGAAGUGGACACCUUCAUGUUUAGGGGUCAUGAUACCACAGCAGCCUCAAUGAACUGGACACUGCAUCUGCUGGGCUCACACCCUGAGGUGCAAAGGAAAGUCCACCAAGAACUUCAGGAUGUUUUUGGAACGUCUGGGCGGCCUGUUAACACGGACGAUCUGAAGAAGCUCAAAUAUCUGGAAUGUGUGAUCAAAGAGUCCCUGCGACUGUUUCCCUCUGUGCUUUUCGCCCGUAGACUCUCUGAAGACUGCAACAUCAAUGGAUUCAAAGUUCCCCAAGGUGCCAAUGCCAUUGUAAUUACAUACACUCUCCAUCGUGACUCGCGAUACUUCCCUGAGCCCGAGGAGUUCCAACCAGAACGAUUUCUGCCUGAGAAUUCAGUGGGACGACCUCCGUAUGCAUACCUGCCCUUCUCUGCUGGACUCCGUAACUGUAUAGGUCAGCGUUUUGCACUAAUGGAAGAAAAAGUGAUCUUGGCAUCCAUUCUGCGUAACUUCACUGUUGAAGCUUGUCAGAAACGUGAAGAACUGCGGCCAGUAGGGGAGCUCAUUCUGCGAUCGGAGAAGGGAAUCUGGAUCAAACUAGAGAAGAAACAACCCCAGAACACACCAGUGUAG